CGCACACGUACGUCAUUCCGAGAUACAACUUUUAUCAUGCUUGCAACACCUCCGUCUUCCGCAAACAAAUCGUCCACAGACCUUCCGUUUAUGUUUACAACUUGGGCAAUGUAUUUCCCUCGUUUACUGCUGUGAAUCGCCAAUUCAGCGAACUUCACAUGGAUGUGACGCGUGCCGGUUUUGUACGUUUAUGUGGUCUAACUUGAGAAUAACAUAACCUCUCUGCCGCCUAUGCUGUUUCUAGUGGAAUGAGGGACAUUACUAUCGCCUCAGAAAGUUAGCUGAACAGAAAGCAGGAAGUUAAUGUGGCUCUAACUGACUAUGGAAAACCAGAGUCAUCAUCAUCAAUUACGUCAAAGUCAACAGUCUUUUUGGAAAAAAAACACCCGUGCUGUACCUGGCAGGCCUAGUCCAAAACAAGAUAUUAAACAGAAUAGGACAGGGUAUGCUACAAAUUUACAAGUUGGUACAGUGGGAGGAAAUGCUGGUAGCGGAGGUGGCAGUGGAGGAAGUGGCGGGGCGACAUCUUUUCAAGAUUUUCAGGAAAGUGUAGACGAUGCGUGGGACUCAGGAGACGAUGAAUUUUGCACAGUUUCCAAUGUAAAAAUUUCCAAGAAAGUUAGUCACUCCGCGGCGUUGACUGUGAUUAACAGUCAUAGGUCAGGUGGAAGUUGUAAGAACCUGCAAACAAAUUCUAAAGAAACACAACGUCGUCAUGAAAUUAUUCCUGAAGAGAAGAAGACAGAAGCGUUACAGAGACUAGCAGUUCAACCUCUACAUCUUAGAAAUGUGAACCUUGGGAAGCCACAGUUGCAAAGUAACCACAAUCAGCACUUGGCGGAGGAACCAGAAUUGAAAUCUGGUGUCUCUCCAUAUCAUAAGCCUUCGCAAUUUCCUGGUCGACCUCAACCAUUAAGACAACAAAGCACUCAGACCAAAUUUUUUGUACCUUUUAAAGAACAAGAUGGUGAAAGCAAAGUGGAUAAAUUUCAAUCUUUGCUUGAGUCGCCAUUGUUAAACUUGGAUGAGUUACGACAAUUGUCGUGGUCUGGAGUUCCUGUCAAAUUACGGUCCAUCACAUGGAGAUUAUUGUCUGAAUAUCUUCCAGCAAGUUUGGAACGCAGGCAGCCGGUGUUAGAGCGUAAACGUCUAGAUUACUUGAACCUAGUAAAACAGUACUACGAUGCCGAAAGAGAUGAGGGAUUUCAGGAUACAUAUCGGCAGAUUCACAUCGAUAUUCCAAGAAUGUCUCCUCUUAUUGCUCUCUUCCAACAAACCACUGUUCAACUGAUUUUUGAAAGGAUACUUUACAUUUGGGCUAUUCGACAUCCAGCUUCAGGUUAUGUCCAGGGUAUGAAUGACCUUGUUACUCCGUUUUUCUUGGUUUUUCUACAAGAAGCAGUGCCAGUGUCGGCUUGGCAGGAUUUAGAAAAUUACGAUGUAGCAUCAUUGCCUAAAGAACAACGUGACAUCAUUGAAGCGGACAGUUUUUGGUGUCUUUCCAAAUUCUUAGACGGGAUCCAAGAUAAUUAUAUCUUUGCUCAAUUAGGUAUUCAGCAUAAAGUGAAUCAACUGAAGGAACUGAUUCAAAGAAUUGAUGCACCGCUUCAUCAACACCUACAUCAACAUGGAGUUGAUUAUCUACAGUUCUCUUUCCGGUGGAUGAAUAAUUUGCUAACCAGGGAGAUACCUCUUCAUUGUACAAUUCGCCUUUGGGACACAUAUCUAGCAGAGUCUGAUCGCUUUGCAUCAUUUCAGUUAUAUGUUUGUGCAGCUUUCCUUCUUCGAUGGAAACGUCACCUACUGUUACAACCUGACUUCCAAGGAUUAAUGUUAAUGCUACAAAAUCUGCCUACUCAGAAUUGGACGGACUCGGAGAUCGGUAUUCUCGUAGCGGAAGCCUAUAAAUUAAAGUUUACAUUUGCCGAUGCUCCGAAUCAUUUGCAAGCUUACGAUUCCAGGUGACCAUUUUUCUGUGCGCGAGGAUAGCAUUGUUACUGAAUGAGCCAAAUGAAAUUGGCACAAGCUCUUACCGCCGGCCGUUUCUUCCAUUCCAGCGUUAAUACAUUAGACCUUCGCUCGUCAUUAAGUCAUUCCUCUUUUUCGUUAAGGUACAAAUGAAUUUAGGGUCCCCAUAAAUACCUUAUAAUUCGGAUAUUUUAUAAUUUUUAUUUAAACGUAACAAUGCAAUUGAAGUAACGGUCGUAGGUGAAAAUAUUGAGGUGAGGUCGUUUAUAGUAGGAAACUGACUAUAAUGCGAAGCAAUUGCCAUUUAUCGAUUUGUGAAUCACUCGUACAGUUCAAUCGAAGAUACGAUAUACAAAUUAUAUAUGGACAGAAGUUUUAUAUAUACAUAUGUGUAUUAAUAUAAUCGUGUCCAUCGUUCUAACGAUUAUAAUUAAUGAAUUGAGCUGAUAUCAGCUUCUCAGUUCGCUCGACGCUCAUCAGUCGGCUAGCAUUUCGAAUUUAUUUACCUUUCCGCGAAUUAUAUUCGGGCUUGCAUCACGUGUGAAUUUAAUAAUCAGUUUAAUGAUUUGUUUAUAGCCCGUAAACCAUUAUAUCUCCGAGCAUUACUCGAUCGUUAUUCUUUUACAAAUAUACUUGUCAACGUUA